AUGGACCCCCAAAAAAUUGGAUUAGUCGAGAAUGAUAUAGUUGAUCUAGUGAAGUGUUACAUACAGGAUAAAAGGAAUCGCGUCAAUGGAAAGUUUAGACUCGUUUCCUAUCAAGUGAGACGUAUAAGCAAAGAACCAAUAGGCUAUCUGGGCGAUCAUUACUUGUUGGACGUAAAUUUGCGUGAAAAAAUGGUACAUUACACACCGGAAGAGGAGGAAAACUAUGCCGAAGAAGAAUAUAUAAGUUUUUUCCUAAAAGUUAUUCCUGAGAAUGUGCCGAAAUUAGCUGACUACAUCAAGGAAAUGGGGUGUUUCCGUAAGGAGAUUUUGCUAUACAAGCACGUCAUUCCACGGCUUCAAGAUGUCAUGAUCGGCACAAAGCAAUUUGUUCCUACAGCAUACUUUACGAAAGGCGAACGAUUGAUAGUGUUUGAAAAUUUGAAAUCAGAAGGAUACAGCAUAGUAGAGCAAACAAAAAAUCUACUAGAUUUUGAUCAUCUGAGAGUAGCUCUGCAGGCAGUGGCCAAGCUACAUGCAUCAUCACUCAUCCUUGAAGAACGUUCGAAAACCCCAAUUCCGGAACUCUUUGUUGGCUAUCUCAAUGAGAAUGCCUAUGUUGACGACGAUGAUUAUGUGCAAAAGGGCAAUCUCGAAAAUGCCAUACAAGUGCUUUGUGAGAUGAUCAAGAAAAUUGAAAAAUACGCGAAAUCAGACAAUUUAGAUGAAAUAUUGGAAAAAGUUCCCGCUGUAAUUCGCAAGAUAUAUGACUUUUCCAAGCCCUCCACAGUUUUCCGCAAUGUUUUAAAUCAUGGCGAUUUGUGGUGUAACAACGUAAUGUUUCGAUAUGAUAUGAUUCCUACUAGUGAAGAUAGUUGCACCAAUUGCGAAGGCCACCAGACCGAGGGACGUAAAGCAACAUCGGAUCGUGAGGAUCAAGCAGAAGCCCAGAAAGAUACUAUCAUCGACGCUGCAAAUAAACAACAAACAGUUGCCAAUGGUGAGCGCCGCGGUCGGAAGAGUUCUUCUAUCAAAAAACCUAAUCCUUGUGAGGUUUUAAAUUUGGGCAAUUGGUCCACACCGGGUGCUGCUCGUCCAUCGAGUUGCAUACUGAUCGACUUCCAAAUUGCUCGCUAUGCCCCGCCGGCCUACGACAUUUUAUCUUUCCUUACGUCAACGACAACACGAGACUUUCGGAAACGUCAUCUCGCAGAGCUUUUGGAUGUCUAUUACGAUGCUCUGCAGGUUGAACUGGAUUGGUUUCAUCGAGACGUGCGAGAAGUUUUUUUGAACGGUUCCCCAUCCUAUCUGGAUUCUUGCGAUCACUAUCAACUCGCUGGAUUAAUCGACAGUGUCCUGUAUCGGCAUGUUACAAUGCUACCGAUGGAGCUAGUCGCACGGUGUCGCGAAGAACACCGAUUACCGGGCACUGUAGGAACUCAGUCACCGUCUGCCAAGAUGGACAUCUGUCUUGAAGCCUGGGCACAAUACGAAGAAUAUCGAAAUUUCAUGACGGAUAUGCUAUCGGAUUUGGUUGAUCGAUACAUUUUGCUAGUUUGAUUAA